AACUGUCUAUGAACAAGCUGCUUUCAUUCAAUUCUUUUUGGCAAUACUGAGAAAAAGAAAAAAAGGGCUCAAUCAAGAUGGUAGCAAACGAGGACCUCCAUAAUCAACCUCAAUGGUCAGGAAUCGAUAAACAGUUUCUUGCUGCCCCUGUAAAGUCUGCUGUGGACAAAUUCCAGCUACUUCCCGAGUUUUUGAAGGUGAGAGGGUUGGUGAAGCAGCAUUUGGAUUCCUUCAAUUACUUUGUUAGGACGGAGAUAAAAAAGAUUGUGCAUGCAAACAAUGAAAUCAGAUCAUCGAAAAAGGAUGAAAAUGUUUACCUAAGAUACAAAGAUGUGCGCAUUGGCGAGCCCUCAAUGAUAAUUGAUGGUGUAACAGAAAAGCUCAGUCCACACAAGUGUCGCCUCUCUGAUACCACUUAUGCAGCUCCAAUAUUGGUAACAAUAGAAUAUACUACUGGGAGUGGUCAAAAUACUUCCGUACAAACGAAGAAAGAUGUUGUUAUUGGAAGGAUGCCUAUCAUGCUGAGAAGUUGUUGCUGUGUUUUGUAUGGAAAGGAUGAAGAAGAACUGGCAAGGCUUGGUGAGUGCCCACUUGAUCCAGGAGGCUAUUUUGUUAUCAAAGGAACAGAGAAGGUGAUUUUAAUUCAAGAACAACUUUCAAAGAACAGGAUAAUUAUUGAUGCUGAUAAGAAGGGCUGUGUGCAAGCAUCUGUUACUAGCAGUACUGCAGCUACAAAAAGUAAAACAGUCAUCAAAAUGGAGAAGGAGAAGAUAUAUCUAUACCUUAAUCAGUUUAAAAGCAAGGUUCCUAUAAUGGUGGUUAUGAAGGCUAUGGGCAUGGAGAGUGAUCAGGAGGUUGUCCAAAUGAUUGGUAGAGAUCCACGUUAUAGUGCAUUGCUGUUGCCUUCCAUUGAGGAAUGUGCAAAAGCAAAUGUAUAUACACAACACCAUGCCCUGGAAUACCUUGAGAAGCAGGUUAAACAAUUGCCAUAUGCUUAUGCUCCAGUUGAAAAAAGAGCUCUCAGUAUCCUUCGAGACAUAUUUAUUGCCAACAUUCCUGUGCGUCAAUAUAAUUUUCGUUCAAAAUGCAUCUAUGUUGCUGUAAUGUUGAGACGCAUGAUGGAAGCAAUAUUGAAUAAAGAUGCAAUGGAUGAUAAGGAUUAUGUGGGGAACAAACGAUUGGAGCUGUCUGGGCAAUUGCUGUCUUUGCUUUUUGAGGACUUGUUCAAGACGAUGAAUGAUGAAGUGAGGAAGACUAUAGAUGCUAUCCUAUCAAAGACAAGCCGUUCUAGCCGCUUUGACAUGUCUCAGUACAUAGUGAAAGAUAGCAUUACUGUUGGUCUAGAAAGGACCCUUUCUACUGGCAACUGGGAUGUCAAGCGAUUUAGGAUGCACCGAAAAGGCAUGACACAGGUUGUGGCUAGACUUUCCUAUAUUGGAUCACUGGGUCACAUGACAAAGAUCUCUCCACAGUUUGAGAAGUCCAGGAAAGUUAGUGGACCUAGAGCCUUGCAACCUAGCCAGUGGGGAAUGCUUUGCCCCUGUGACACUCCAGAAGGUGAAGCUUGUGGAUUGGUGAAAAAUUUGGCCUUGAUGACUCAUGUUACAACUGAUGAAGAGGAAGGCCCAAUUAGUUCUCUGUGCUACUCUUUGGGGGUUGAAGACCUAGAACUACUAUCCGGAGAAGAGCUUCACAUGCCGAACUCAUUUUUGAUCAUAUUGAAUGGUCUUAUUCUUGGAAAGCACAGGAAGCCACAGCGUUUUGCAAGUGCAAUGAGAAAAUUACGGAGGGCUGGUAAAAUUGGUGAGUUCGUGAGCAUUUUUGUGAAUGAAAAACAGCAUUGUGUUUAUAUUGCUUCAGAUGGAGGCCGUGUUUGUCGUCCACUUGUUAUUGCUGACAAAGGUGUAUCUCGAAUUAAGGAACACCAUAUGAAGGAGUUGAAGGAUGGAGUCCGCACCUUUGACAGUUUUCUAAGGGAGGGCUUGAUAGAGUACCUUGAUGUUAAUGAGGAGAACAAUGCUCUGAUUGCUUUGUAUGAAGGAGAGGCUACACCAGAAACAACACAUAUUGAAAUAGAGCCUUUUACCAUCCUUGGUGUUUGCGCAGGUUUAAUUCCCUAUCCACAUCAUAAUCAGUCCCCUAGAAAUACCUAUCAGUGUGCUAUGGGAAAACAAGCAAUGGGCAAUAUUGCUUACAACCAGUUACGUCGAAUGGAUACGUUAAUCUACCUUUUGGUAUAUCCUCAACGACCAUUGCUGACAACCAGAACAAUUGAACUGGUUGGAUAUGAUAAGCUAGGAGCUGGGCAGAAUGCAACGGUAGCAGUGAUGAGUUAUAGCGGUUAUGACAUAGAAGAUGCAAUAGUUAUGAACAAAUCAUCCCUAGAUCGUGGUUUUGGUCGUUGCAUUGUGAUGAAAAAAAUGUCAGCUAUAGUUCAGAAGUACGAGAAUGGCACAUCUGAUAGAAUAAUCAGACCUCAACGUGAGCGGUAUGAUCCAGAAAAGUUGCAGAUUUUGGAUGAUGAUGGACUAGCUGCUCCAGGAGAAAUAAUUAGACCCGAUUAUAUCUAUAUCAAUAAACAGUCCCCUGUAGUUACAAGAGGGCCUAUCACAUCACCAAUGGGGCUACCAGAUAGUGCGUACAAGCCAAGCAUAGAGACGUAUAAAGGUCCUGAAGGCGAGACACCUGUUUUGGAUAGAGUGUCUCUGUGCUCUGAUAAGAACAAUAAUUUAUGCAUUAAAUUUAUGGUUCGACAUACUCGUAGGCCUGAGGUUGGUGACAAGUUUAGUAGCAGACAUGGGCAAAAAGGUGUUUGUGGGACCAUUGUCCAACAGGAAGAUUUUCCAUUUUCUGAACGUGGCAUAUGUCCUGAUCUUAUUAUGAAUCCUCAUGGAUUUCCAAGCCGUAUGACAGUUGGUAAGAUGAUAGAGCUUCUGGGGAGUAAAGCUGGAGUUUCAUGUGGUAGGUUUCAUUACGGCAGUGCAUUCGGAGAACCUAGUGGUCAUGCAGACAAAGUUGAAGCUAUAAGUGAAACCCUUGUGAAACAUGGCUUUAGCUACAAUGGCAAAGACUUCAUUUAUUCAGGUAUAACUGGCAUGCCCUUACAGGCUUAUAUUUUUAUGGGCCCAAUAUAUUACCAGAAGCUGAAACACAUGGUUUUAGAUAAAAUGCAUGCUCGAGGGAGUGGUCCCCGUGUGAUGAUUACAAGGCAACCAACAGAAGGAAGAAGUAGAAAUGGAGGGCUCCGCGUGGGAGAAAUGGAACGGGAUUGUUUGAUUGCUUAUGGUGCUAGUAUGUUAAUAUAUGAGCGCUUAAUGAUUUCCAGUGAUCCUUUUGAGGUUCAGGUCUGCCGAAAAUGUGGUUUACUGGGAUAUUAUAAUUAUAAGCUGAAGACUGGCAUUUGUUCGACAUGCAAGAACGGAGAUAACAUAUCUACUAUGAAACUGCCAUAUGCAUGCAAGCUCUUAAUCCAGGAACUUCAGUCCAUGAAUAUUGUUCCUCGCCUAAAACUCACCGAGGCAUAGAUAGAUUCCGUCUUCUUCAGCCACCAGCAAACUCCGAAGUGCAUCAAGUUAAAACUGGAAGCCUGCUGAUUACAGAGUUCCAUGUUCCUGCUUGUUGCAAUAUACAUAUGUGCAACUGACUGAGGCAUAGAUUAAUUCUUCUUCUUUUUCGACCAGAAUACUUCAAACGAAGGGUCAAAUUGCACUGAAAGAUUGCUGGUUAGUUUUAGAGUUGUACGUUCUCUCCUGCUUGUUUGGAAUAGCUGGGGAUGAAAAUCUUCAAGGAAGGUCAAGCCAUUUGCAGCUGAGGGUGCAAGAGACAAAAAAAUAUCUGCUGCUGAUCGAGAAGGAAUAGCCCACAGAUUUAAGAAAAUAUUGCUCUACUACAAAUGCGUGUAAAGCCUAAGGGUCUAAUUUGGAUAUUGUAAUCCCUUCUGCUAUUAUAAAAUUUUGCGUACAAAAUGGUUGAUCUCUUUCUGUUCUUAAUGU